AUGGUCAAGGAGCACGGAGCGGUGAGAUCCGUUUUCAACCUAAUUGGAUCGGUGAUGCUCCCACAAGACACAUCAAAUUGCUCCGAUCGACACGACACCCCAUCGGCUCCGGAGUUUUUGAGCCAUCUCCAACCGUUCCAAACGGUGCUCCUCUCCAUUGCCUCAGUUUCCACUAUAAUUGUACUAAUCUUGUCCUUAAUUCACUGGUUUUAUGUGUAUAGAUAUGUGUCAAUAGAGAAGAGAAGAAACAAACUCUACUGGCUGAUCGCUGUUUUUCCCGUCGCGUGCACGUGCUCCUACAUUGCGAUGUGUGUGCCUCGGACUGCUGUCAUAUUGACAUGCAUCGGUGUCCUGUACUAUCUCAUGUGCUUAUUCGUCAUCGUUUCACUGGCACGUCAUCUGUUUGGCGGACGCGAGUCAUUUUCCACGUGUCUACAGUAUGACGAUCGGCCGAUUGAUUUUCGGUCGCCACCGUUUUGUUGUAUCAUUCCGAAACUUCCGACGGCCAGAUCCACUGAAAAAAAUAUCCGACGACUGGAAUGGUGUGUUCUUCAAGCUCCGAUCGUCCGCUCCAUCAUCAUAUUCCUUGACGUCGUCGCAGUCGCCGAAAUGAGAGAAGAAGCGACGCCGUACAUUCGAUACUCCGAUAUGGCGUCAUUGUGUUCACUGCUUUUAGCCAUUUUUGGUGUUCAUACACUCGCAAGAGUCACUUCGAACAAACUCUCCGCGUACUGUUUCAUGUCAAUGUUCCGCCUUGUCGACAUCUCGCUGCUCUUCUUCUCGGCUCAACAGCCAAUGAUUUUCCAGAAUGUUCUACUCAGAUUCAAUCUAAUUUCGUGUGGACCGCUUUUGAAUGCUCAGGAGAAUGCUUAUUUCGUCUGCAACUUCAUCAUCACUUGCGAAAUGCUCCUGCUCAGUCUGCUCGCCACGUGGCUUUUGGCUCCGCGCCACAAUGCAAUGUUCGAUGCGUACCGCCCAUCUAUCGCUCUCUCGGAAACAACCGCAUCGCUCAACGAGACUGAACAAUCGAUUAUUCUGGAGAAUUAA